GAAUAGUCCAGUUGGCGGAAGGCACGAGCCCCGAGCAGCAUCGAUGUGUCCCGCGGCCACGCCCCGCCCGUGCCAUGUACAUACAUAGGGAGGAAAGCUUCUCCAGUGUCACAAGCUACGAGCAGGCGAUGGUUUGUUCCUGCCGGAGGGCAGUAUAUACGUGGGGCAGUGACUGAGCUAGCGGGACGGGAUAAGGAGAAACCUUGUACCAGCGGCGCUGCAAUACCAUUCACUGCGGCGAGGGGCGCACUUUUUUUGCUGUACAUUGGCAUUUUAAUAAGUGUCCGCCCUGCCAGUGAGAGGGCUGUGAUUGAUCCCAGUGCGAGGUGGACUCACGUUAUUUCUUAUGGCUCCUCUCUCCGCGCAGGUUGCAGCCCCUUCACGCGGAUGGAAGUGAUCAAGUGCCCUGACAUGUUCCCCUGAGACAAGGACGACAUGUGGCCGUCAGGAGCGAGCGGCAGGUUCCCAGGCUCCCGGGACUCGGCGCUGCGGAAGUCGGCUUUCUCCGGAAACCUGUCGGCUCUUCCCGCUCACCUCAUCCCGACGGGGAGAAGCGUCCGAGUGUUCGUCAGCGCCAACCCUGAAGAUACAGUAGCGGAAAGAAAUGAACUGAGGGAGCACAUAUAUCCGAAGCUGAGAGAAUUCUGCAGAGAGAACUAUGGAAUGGAGUUUCAGGUUAUAGAUUUAUACUGGGGGAUACCUUCAGAGGACUGGGAUAGCCCCGAUCUUCAGAAGACUCGGAUGAGACUCUUGGAAGAAUGCCUGAAGACAUCUGCUGGUCCAUGUUUUGUUGGUUUGCUCGGAGAAAAAUAUGGAACCAUCCGAAUCCCGGGGGAGAUUGAAUCAUCAGAAUUUGAAAUGAUUCUGGAUGCUGCAAUCGAAGCCAAGCUGGACACAAGGACCUUAGAGGAAUGGUACUGCAGGGAUGAAAAUGCGGUGCCCCCUGCCUAUUACCUCAGGCCAAAAUCAGAAAUGCUGAAGAACCACCACAAUCCCGACGACUCUACUACAGGUUCGGCAAACAAGAAGACGUGGCGCUCUGUCGCAGAAGAAAUAAAGCAAAUAUUCAUUACUUCUGUUAAACUGCUUCAAGAGAAAGGAAAACUGAAAAGCAACCAAGUAAAGAGAUAUUUAUCUUCUGCUUUGGAGGAUGAGUUUGACUUUGCUCUGGGGAAACAAACGGCUGCAUUCCUAAAGAAGUGCGUGUGCUACAUCCGGAAAAUUUCGAACAUCGAGCGACACGCCAAAAUUCCGGAGAUGGCAAAGUACACGGAUGUCAUCAAAGUGGACAACAAGUACAUCCGUGACCCAGAAGCUCUGGAGAAGUUAGUAAAGCUCAGGGAUGAAUUCAUUCCAACAAUCGUCGCCUCUUCUAACUUACGAGUCUAUACGUCAGUGACACAUUGUGACAUGAAGUUGGGAUAUUCUCAGGAGGUGGAAAAUCACUACGUCGACGGACUCGGGAAGCAGUUUUAUGAAGACAUGAUCGAUAUCAUUCAGGCAACUGUGCAGCAGAAUUUUGAGACUGAGACUGAUCCGCUUUAUGACGAAAUCUUGCAGCACUUAUCUCUAUGUAAAACAUACGCAUCCUUUUAUGAGUACAGAUGUGAAGCUCUAAACUUAGUGCAUAAAUACCUGCAACCUUGCAGAUCAGGACAUAUAUACCCUCUGAUUAUAUAUGGAGGUCCCUGCACUGGAAAAACCCUUUUACUAGCAGAAGUAGCAAAAAAGGCCUGUUCAUGGCUUCAGGAAGAAAUGGGACCAGACUCAGAUCCUGUAGUGGUUGUAAGAUUUUUAGGGUCAACAGACAUGAGCUCUGCGUUACACUGCCUGCUGCAAAGCAUAUGCGAACAACUGGCAGUGAAUUACAGAUGUUUACUACAGAGUCGUCCAAAGAAGAUUCUGAACCUCCACGAGCUCUUUCUGAAUUUGUUGAAUGAGUCUUCAUUUCACAGACCCCUAGUAGUCAUAUUAGAUGGUGUGGAGCAGCUUUCAGACAGCGACGAUGCAAGAAAACUUUGGUGGCUGCCAGUUCAUCUCCCCCGCACAGUUCGUAUCAUCAUAUCAACACUGCCAAACAAACACGGAAUCCUCCAAAAAUUACGGUGCCUUAUACACAAUGAGGAUAGUUACAUUGAACUCAUUCCUAGGGACAAAAAAAUGUGCAGCCAAAUACUCAAGCAUCAGCUACUCAGAGUCAAACGAAAAGUAACAUCAGGGCAACAAAUUUAUGUUAAUGAAGCCUUUUCAAAGUGUACUCUGCCAAUGUUUGUAAAUCUAACCUUUAGAGAAGUCAGGAACUGGAGAUCUCAUAAAGAUGUUGACGGUUCAACUCUUUGUGUUACUGUUCAUAGGAACAUAGAGCAGCUAUUCUGGUCUCUUGAAAACAAAUGUGGACCAAGGUUUGUUUCAAGGGCUCUUGGUUACAUUACAAUGGCAACAACAGGGCUUAGCGAGGUAGAACUGGAGGACAUCUUAGCACUUGAUAACAUUGUAAUGAGCGAGGUCUUGUCUAACAUGAAACCAUAUAGUCCAUUAAGAAUACCAUAUGUAAUGAUUGCCCACCUUAAGGAGGACCUUACUGGAUAUCUUGUAGAGAGACAGGUCAGAAAUGUUACCCUUUUAGUCUGGGCAAAUAGACACCUGCAACUUGUGGCUCAGAAGUUCUAUCUACAGAAUGCUGAUGAUUUACAAGAGAUGCAUUGCAACAUGGCAGAAUAUUUCUUGGGCGUUUGGUCAGGUGGAAUAAAGAAACCUUUUUACAGUGAGCCUCAAUAUUUUGAAAACUGCAUUCGCAAAGAAAGUAGAAGCAUUAUAGACGAGAACAAGCUUUACAAUGAACAAACGUCAUUUGAUAGGCAACCACCAGAACAACCUUGGGCAUUCCAGUGCAACCCCUUAGAGCCUGAUAUCUUUUUUGUCAACCACAGAAAAAUGACAGAAUUGUUGCAUCACCUGACAAGAAGUGGUAUGAUGGAGGAGCUGAUGACUGGUAUUACUAUGAACUUUAGUUGGCUUUACACAAUGAUCAAAAUAGGUCAAUUGGAAAGGGCCCUGAGUGACAUUGAUGUAGCUUAUAACUGCUCGCAACAAAAAGAAUUGAAGUUUCUUGCAAGCACCCUUGAGAGCAUUAAACAUAAAAUAUUAAAGAAUCCAGGGUCACUUUCUGCUGAACUACAACAAAUCCUUCUGCCUGUUGUAAGCUCCUUGCCUAAGUUCCGCAACCUUCUUGUACAAUGUGACAAAGAUGGCCCUAAAUACUGUUCUAUUGUGCCCCUACAUUCUUCAAUGGAUGUGACGUACAGUCCUGAGAGAAUUUCUCUGUCCACAAGUUCAUUGCAUGUCAUGGAGAUUCUUCCAACAUAUAGCCCAAAUAUAAUUAUCGCUGCACUCGAAAAUGGUUCUAUUAGCACAUGGGACGUAGACUCGAGGCAGCUUCUCAGACAAAUCACAACAGCCCAGUUUGUAAUUAUAGGUAUGAAACUUACAGCAGAUGAAAAAUAUCUUGUUGUAUCUACAACCAACAACACCCUAUUAAUCUAUGACAACUUAAAUUCAUGCCUUUUGGCAGAAGUAGAAAUUAAAGGUUCAAAGCACAGUGGGCUCAGUGGAGAAUCUAGUGUUAUCCAUGGCUUUACCUUGUCAAACACACAUGCUCUUGGUUGGCUGGAAUCAAGCAAAAAUGUUAAUGUCAUUGAUUUGCUUUAUGGGUGGCCCCUGUAUAACUUCCACUGCUGGUAUGAAGUCACUUGUAUACAGUGUUCUUCUGAUGGAAUCUAUGCCUUUUGUGGGCAGUACCUCAAUACUACUACUAUUUUUCAUUUAGGGACUGGAGAAAAGUUAUGUACAGUUACAUCCGAUUUUUCUGGUGGUUUUGUGAAAUAUAUCCUUGUUCUUGAAACAAGUCAAGAAAUGGUUAUGAUUGACAAUGAAGGUUGCCUUUCUGUUUGGAGCAUUGAGGACAUAACAAACCCCCAGCUAACUGAAGAGUUCGAUUGUGCAAAGGAGGACAGUGAAAUGGUCAGCACUGAACUUUCUGAAGACCAAAGUGCAAUCCUUAUCUGCAAAGCAUCAAGCAUUGAACUUCUUGACACACAUAUGUGGAAGGUCUCAGAAAAGUUUCGGGCUAAGCAUAAUGAAAGAUUCAUAUCUGCUGUGCUCUCCAAAAAUUGCGACUGUAUAAUUGCUUCCAUGGAAAAUACCUCAUCUGUUUUUGUUUGGCGUCGAGAUACCGGUCAAUGUAUGGCAAGUUUACAAGAAAUCUCAGGAAACAUAGUAAAGUUAGUGAAAUCGAGCCAUCAUAACUUACUCCUGUCGCUGACCGUCAGUGGUGUUCUUUCCAUCUGGGAUAUUGAUAUUUUAACAGCAAUGUCUAAUAUUGACAAAACCGGAAGAGCUAUUCACAAGAUUAUAUUGUCAAACCGAGGAGACUAUGUAUAUUCGCUGGAUGGAUCAGAAUCUGUUCAAAAAUGGAAUUUUAACACUGGUUUUAUUGAGUCCUCCUUUAAGCAUGAAAGUAUUGUUGAAAAGUGUGUGCUUACAACGACGGGCGACCUAAUGGUCACAUCAGAUGAGAAAUGCAGCCAGUAUGUAUGGCACACCGGCACAGGGGAAAAUCUCUUCCGAAUCUGCGGACAAAGAAUAUCCCAGCUACUGAUUACCCACAAUGACCAGUUUAUUGUCUCUCUCUGUGAACAAAAUGCAUCCAGGGUGUGGAGGUUAGCAACAGGACAUAAAGUUUGUAAUAUCCUAGCUGCCUUUAAGAAUGCACUUAUAACAACUGCAAAUACCUUUUUGGUUGGCAUGACCCAGAACAAACUCUUAGCUGUAAGUUUAUGGACAGGAAGCAUAACAAAAAAAUUCUGUUGUGAUGACGGAGCAACAAUUGUGAGUUUUCGAUUAAUCCCGGAUUGUCCAGAUUUUGUGGUUUUCCUUACAUCUGCAGAAACUGUGAACAUCUGGAGCCUUGCAGAGGAAGCAAUUUGUAGAAGAGUUCAGCUUCCGUGUAAUUUUCUGAAACAUCUUGAAGACUUUGAGAUUUCCCCAAAUGGGAAACUUGGCAUCAUAACGCACGGUGAUGAGAAAUUUAAUGUCCUUGAUUUACAAAGUGGCAAACUUCGGAUUGUGCAUGCAUCAGGGAUGAUAUGGAAGCAGUGCCUGUCCUGCGAUGGUCGUUACCUUGUCUACAUUGGUUUCCGCUGUGAAGAUGACGAGGAUAAUUCUGUCUCCAGCUUAAUCGUAAUGAGGCUUGCAGAUGGGAAAAAUAUUGGUGCUUGUUCAUUGUAUAAGACUCCAACUUUUUUGGCUUUGUCACAGAGACACCUCAAUAUUAUUGUUGGAUUUGAUGAUGGAAGCCUUGGCACAUACACAGUUGUGGACCGUGUUGAUGCCACGUUGAAAAUCAAAAUCGCCACUUCAAACAGCAGGCAAAACAAUAAGACGCAUAUAUACAGACCCAAGUGCAAUAACUAUACUUUUAAAAUCACACCUGACUGCCUAUGGAGAGAAUCUACUGAAGUGUUUGCCAGAGAUAGUCCCAUCACGGUUUCUGACUCUGGAGAAGGGACAGAUACAACUCCAACCAAAAAACAUAAUUUUUGUUAUGAGAAAAUGUGUGCUGCCAUUGACUGUAGAGGACAGAGCUUUGCUGCUAACAACUGAUAACGCACUGGCGUGCUAAUAAUGAAAGAAUGUUUACAUAUCAUUGAGCUGUAAGUAAAUAAGACUUCUGUUGGGCUAGAAUCAGUUGGACUUUAAUAUCAGCAACAGCAUUUUAAUAUUAAGCAAAAGAUUUAUGUAUUUUUGUCAAUAUUGUCUUAGUCCAAGAAUCAAACAGGAGGGCUAUGGGUAACGCAAUGAGCAAUAUUUUGGUAGCUAUGCCAAGCUGAACAUUUCUGAGAAAUGUCUUCUUAGCAGCAACAAGAUUAUGUGUGUGACUGUAUGAUACCUUAUCUGUGUAUGGUCUUGGUAGUCUCCAGCAUAGAGGCACAUGCUACGUGCAUUGUACCAAAAUCAAUUUCAGUCUAUCCACUGUUUCAUUGGGUUAUUUUAUUUAUACAGUGUUAUAUUUGCAAUCGAGUAUUCUAAUCCCAAGUGUAGAGCUCCAACUGUUGUAGAUGUAUACUGUACCUCCCAGUAAUGCCUGCCAUUUAAAUCAUGUUGGCUUGGUAAAGAAGUUGGUUGUAGUAGUUAUUGGACUGCUUCAAGCCUCCUGUUGCUGCUAAAAGCAUCUGUCUAACUCAUAUACAGAGGGAAUAUCCUGUAGCUCUCAACAUCUGCUCAACUACAAGUCUGUUAAGAGCUAUGACACACAAUGCUUAGAUUACUGCUACUUGUGUUGGCGAUCAAAAUACUUCUACCUGCUGUGGAUUCCUUUCACUUGACUUAGAUAUGCCUUUGUUCUCCCCGUAAAACUCUGCAUUUGUGUGGAGUGCUUUUUGCCCAGCUAGGGUGACUUGCUUCCCACUGCCAGAAAUAAUAUUGAUGGUAAAACACCACAUAUGCCAUAGUCUUAAAAAGACCAGAAAUAGUCAAAAAAAUUUCAAAUGUUGGGUAUCACUUUUCUUGCUAAAGAAAACAAAGGUAUCCACUAGUCUACUUCAUAUAAAGGUUAUCGGUCAGUGAAACUAGGGAAUGCUUCUGCCACUUUUUUGCCUACAGUCUUUUGGUGCCAGUGACACAUUGUGAGUUGUUACAGUUAACUGAAGAGCAUAUAUAUAUAUUUCUAGGCUCCCCUCACCAUCUAGCUCUGACUCCAGCAGAACUGAACAGUGGCCCUUUGAUAACAUUAAUAAACACUUAGACAGAGGGACAUGUGGUGGGGCCUAAGCAGAGAUUGUUGUAUGUUCUAUGAACCUGGAUGUGAAGAGAAUGAGCUUUUCUGUAGCCCAGUACAAACACAAGAACCCCUUUGGCAGAUCCAAUAAUGUUGGAGAUGGGAACCAACCAGUGUUUUUUCCAGGCUCUGAGGUCACAUUUGGUGAUCAGACAUGACUUGAACUUUCAUUGAUGAUCAUAGAAAGUUGUACUGGCCUGGGAGAAGCUACGCUGUUUCUUCUCUUUACACCCUUGCACACCAGCCAAUGCAGGGAACACCCUAUGCAAACCCCCUGCAUGGGAAAUUAAAUCAUGUGCCCCUGGCCCUAUUUGUCCAAAGCAGAUGCAAACAAAUCUUUAGCAGUAGACCCUAUAGGUUGUGUUUCCUCUUAAACCUUGAAGUAAUUAUUUGUUGGCAUAUAAAGCAUAUACAUUUGUAGCUCACUGAAGUUGACAUAUUCCACAUCGCCUACAAGUCCUCCAAAGGCUUUAAGUAAAGGAACUUUCUCCAAUCAAGACAUGCAAAAAACCUAGGGAAGGUGGGAAAUAAGCAUGAUUCUUUCCAUAAUAAUACAGCAUGACAUUAUUUCUUUAUAACAUAUUGCCUCCGCGUGGGGCAAAUCCAGCAGUGAAAAGACACAAAAAAACAUUGUUUUCCACCAGCGUUAAAAUCUGAAUCCCAAAAAGGUCUUGGUUUUUAUUCUGUGCUUGAAAUAAUGAGAAUAUUAGACUUGCACUAGCAUGAUACAACUCAUCCUUUGUAUCCAUCUGUUGCUAGAACUUACUUGUAUUAUAUCUCUCAAGCAAGGCCCUAAAUAUUCUAGUUUAAGGCAUGCAUUGUUUUGGGAUUGACACCUGCUUUACCAUAUCAGUUAUUGUCUGUGAUGCAGAUUAUUUGACCAACAGAAUACUCUGGGAUUAACAUAAAUGCCUGCAUAUUGUCUGAAACCAUUCUAAAGUAUAAAUAUAGAUAUAUAUGAAAAGGUUCUAUACUAUUUUGAAUUUACAGUAAAUUUUGUACUUGUUACGCUGACCAUUCUGCCAAGGGACUGUUCUAAACCUUUUUUUACAACUUGUUUGAAUAUGAUGUUACCAAACAUUGAUGAAAACGCAAGAGAACACCCUCAUAUAAUAUUUUGCUUAAUGGGAAAGGUUUGAAUUUGAGACAUAAGAGCAUAUUUAAAAAAAGAUAAAAAUAGAGUUCACCACUUCAGCAGAGAGGAAUUUCCAAGCUCUCAACCUAUGUAAAAUAUUUAGUAGCCAGUUUAUCAAAGGGUGAACUUUUGUGUUUACUCUUUGAUAACUUAAAUCAUAACUUGAUGCCCUUACAAACUGUAUACAAGUGAAUAGAAAACUGGUAUGUACCCCUCUGGUGACCUCUGUUUUCACUCUUUGAUAACUAGGUUCCUGUAUGUGUUAUGCAUCAUGUUGUUUUCCACCAUUUCAUUCCAGUUCAUUGAAGUUCUGAAUUUAUACUAAGGUUUAAAUCUGAGCCAUAAGGGCAUAUACAUAAAAGGGUAAAAAAUAUAAAGCUAUUUGCCAGAGAAGAAUUUCUCAGCUCUACAUUAAACCAUAAGGGAGAAAAAAAGAGCUCACCCCUACACCAUGUGGGGUAUUUAGCUGACUCUGUGUUCACCCAUUGAUAACUAUGCCCCAAUAAACCCUAUACAAGUGAGUAGACAGCUUGUGUAUUCACCUCUUGUCAACUUUAUGUUUAUUCUUUGAUGACUAUGUCCCAGUAUGUAAGGGGGAAAAAGAGCUCACAAAUUCACCAUGUAGGAUAUUUAGCGAACCCUGGUUUGACCCUUUGAUAACUAUAUCCUUAAAAUGCUAUACAAGUGAAUAGAAAGUUUGAGUAUUCCCCUCUGGUUAACUUUAUUUUCACUCUUUCAUAACUAUGCCCUAGUAUGUGAAGGGUGAAAAGGGAGCUCACCACGUCACCAUGUAGGAUAUAAAGUGGAAUGUUUAUCAAAGGGUGAACUCUGUUUGUUUCUUUCUUUGAGAUAUAGGUAUAUGUGCACUUAGAAACCCUAUAAAAGUUAAUAAAAAAGCUUGGGUAUUCCCCUCUGGUGAACUUUAUUUUCACUCAUUCAUAACUAUCCCCCAAAAUGUGCAGGGUCCACUUCAUUUUAUUGAAUUGGAGACAUAUGGGCAUAUCCAUAAAAGGGUGAAAAUUACUCAGCUGUAUAUUAAACCAUAAGGGUGAAAAAUAGCUAGCCACUUCACCAUGUAGAAUAUUUAGCGAACUCUGUUUUCACCCUUUGAUAACUAUGCCCUUAAAAACCCUAUACAAGUGAAUAGAAAGUUUUAUUUCCCUCUGGUGAACUUAAUUUUCACUCUUUUAUAACUUUGCUCCAGUAUGUUUAUUACAUUUCACCAUUUAAAAGGACUUCCUGUUAGCGAGUACAAGCAUGUUUUGGCACUGAUGCAGCUGAACUGAAGCUCUUUGCGUAGGGGUUCUGCAGUUCCACAUAAAGGUUGUUUGUUGGAACAAGCUUUCCUGGUUGAGAAUGCCCAGCUAUGAUUCAAGCUGACAACUUUGUGGUUUGUGUAUAAGCCAAAAUAGUCUCUCUGUAUAAAUAUGACAAGUGUCUUGAAUUAUUUUUUCCUAUCUUGUUUGCAUAUGGAUAGAGGAGAAUGAAUGUUUUUAUGUAAACUUUGUAUUAUUGGGAAUAUUUGCCCUACGAAAAGAUUUAUAUUUUCAUAAUUGUUUAACUUAGUUACUUUUUGUUACAGAGUUAAAACUAAUGCAGUCUUCAAACAAUAUAGUCCUGUGUAUGCAUUGUUUGUAUGAAUAAAGCAACCAACUUAUAUUGA